UAGGAACACAUCGAUAUUACCGGAAAUAAUGGAACCGAUACCAUUGUAAGGAUUGUUGCUUUGUCCUUACGAGAGCUCAUGAAAGUGUACAAUUGUGUUUAUUGUCGUCGUACCAUAAUAUAAGUUGUGUAUUCAGUAAUUUUGUUACGCUAGCUACAUUAAUUGAUGUUUUGUUUUCAGGACACUAUUUGACAAUCCUCUGCCGUUACUACCGGAAAAUAUAUUCGACGAAAUGCCAUCCAAUAUGACCUUGGCUGUUUCGUGCAAAAACUUCCAGAAGCUUCCUCCGGGGAUAUACACUACUUUUAUGGAAUGUGCUCCGUCGGCGUCUUUCCAUAUAACCCUGUACGAUGAAGAAUUUCGUUUCGUGGCUAAUCAUCUUAUUAAUUCAGGCUUCAUAUGUUCUAAAUGCGGGACGUCCAUACCCAAACCUCACUACAGCUGCAGCGUCUGUAGGUUUUGCAUGCCUGGUACCUAUAGCAACCGUUUUUCUUCUCGUUGGAAAUGUCCCGCAGGUAACUGUGAAGAGUUUUCUGAUAUAUUAAUUGCGUUCUAUGUCUGAAAAUGGCGCCAAAAACAUAAAAUUUUAGUAUGACAAAAGC